GUUAGUGUGACGCCGACGCCGUCCGAGCGGUUCUGGGAUAGCGAUGGGGACGCCCGGGGCUUCGGCGGGCUCUCUAUAUCUGCCCUCCGCGUCUGCGCCCCCGAGGAAACGCGCGGCCGUGGAGGCUGGGGUAGCGAAAAGCAGGCAGCGGAUUUUGGAUGAAGACGAAUACAUCGAGGGACUGCAGACAGUCAUCCAGAGAGAUUUCUUCCCUGAUGUGGAGAAGCUACAGGCACAGAAGGAAUACCUGGAGGCUGAGGAAAAUGGAGAUUUGGAGCGUAUGCGUCAGAUUGCCAUCAAGUUUGGCUCUGCCCUGGGCAAGAUGUCUCGGGAACCUCCACCGCCCUAUGUUACUCCAGCCACCUUUGAAACUCCUGAGGUACACACAGGCUCUGGUGUGGUGGGGAGCAAGCUCCGGCCCCAGGGGCGGGACCUAGAUGAUGGAGAGGCUGCAGAUGAGGAGGAGAAGGAGCCGCUGCCCAGCCUGGAUGUCUUCUUGAGCCGCUACACAAGUGAAGACAAUGCCUCCUUCCAGGAGAUCAUGGAAGUGGCCAAGGAAAAAAGCCAUGCCCGCCAUGCAUGGCUCUACCAAGCUGAGGAGGAAUUUGAAAAGCGACAGAAAGAUAAUCUUGAACUCCCAUCGGCAGAGCGUCAAGCCAUUGAGAGCAGUCAGGCUGGAGUGGAGACCUGGAAGUAUAAAGCCAAGAAUUCUCUCAUGUACUAUCCUGAGGGUGUCCCUGAUGAAGAGCAGUUGUUCAAGAAGCCACGGCAGGUAGUGCAUAAGAAUACACGUUUCCUCCGGGACCCCUUCAGUCAGGCCCUGAGCAGGUCCCAGCUUCAGCAGGCAGCUGCCCUGAAUGCCCAGCACAAACAGGGCAAGGUUGGCCCUGAUGGCAAGGAGCUUAUUCCUCAAGAGUCCCCCCGAGUGGGAGGCUUUGGAUUUGUUGCCACUCCUUCCCCUGCUCCUGGUAUGAAUGAGUCACCACUGAUGACAUGGGGAGAAGUUGAAAAUACUCCCCUGAGAGUCGAAGGGUCAGAGAGCCCCUAUGUGGAUAGGACACCAGGACCGACUUUCAAGAUCUUGGAGCCAGGACGCAGGGAGCGUCUGGGUCUGAAGAUGGCCAAUGAAGCAGCUGCCAAAAACAGGGCCAAGAAGCAGGAAGCAUUGCGGAGAGUCACGGAGAACUUGGCCAGUCUUACUCCCAAAGGCCUGAGUCCAGCUAUGUCCCCAGCCCUACAGCGCCUGGUAAGCAGGACAGCCAGCAAGUAUACAGAUCGAGCCCUGAGGGCCAGCUACACACCAUCUCCAGCACGCUCUACCCACCUCAAGACUCCAGCUGGUGGGCCACAGACCCCCACAAGCACACCAGCCCCUGGGUCUGCCACACGCACACCCCUCACACAGGACCCAGCCUCCAUCACAGACAAUCUGCUGCAGCUCCCUGCCCGGCGCAAAGCUUCAGACUUCUUCUAGAACCAAGCCUGACAGGACCUGUGGAUGCUUUAUGGGACACUUUGUGAAAUGUGUGGGGCAGCUGUCUACUCUUCAGAUGACUCUGGGCCUUGGAGACCCAGACCACGGGCAGUUGGUUAUCCCAGGAACCACAGUGUAUAGUGAUGUGCCAUGGCCAGGCUGGCAUGUCACACUGACCACUCCCUUGGGAGUGUAGCACUGGUGCUGUCCCUCAAGGCCCUGCUGAAACUGAUUUCUAGUUAACUUUCAACUGAACCCUUAUUAAAGGACACCUGGCACCCUCUGGCCAGGCUGCUGAUCCAUGUCCUGGGCCACCUGGGUGUCUCGGGACCUCAGGGCUAGAAGCAAUGGAUUCUGGGGAGAAAACUGGCUCACAGAGCUGCCUUCUAUGCUGAGUUCACAUCUGAGACUUCCACUGUUGAAGGAUAGCACAAACCCUAGAAGUUGUGCCAUCGAGCUCAUGGGCUCUGGGUCCAGUUCUGCAACCUCCCAGCCUGGCCUGACCAUUUGGUUUGUUGGUUACAGGCCCAGGUAGGUUCUGCUUAUCAGGCUCACAGUAGGACAAGUCACUUUCUUGUGACUUCAGCUGUUACCUCCCAGCACCUGGCUUCCAGCUCAGGCUAAGGCUAGGCUGCCUCCCCGUCCUAGUCUCUGCUUAUUCCAGUGUUCUUGGCACGUCCUACUGGGCUCUACUAAGACACCAGCCUUACCUCAGUCUGAACUCUACUAUGAAGAGAGUUUGGUUCCCUGCAAACUAAUAAAUGCCAUGUGCACCAGCAGCCAGCCAUUUGCCUGUGAACUAAGGGUAGCUGGUCCUCGGGUGACAAGUGGUCAACUGGGCCUGUGAGCCUUUGCCUUACAGAGGUGAACGGUCCUUGCUGUUUGGGCCUAACAGAGUUGGCAACUGAUCUAAUUCCCCAGCCAGUGGUCUUGAGACCACUGGUGGUGUCAGGACUUGCCCUCUGAGCAGCCCAGGGCUUGAGCUAUUCAGGUGGCCUGAAGCACACCUGACUUCCCAGCCCCAGAUCUCCUUUAAUUCCAUGAGAGCCACCUUUCCAAUCUGCAGGCAUUGGUCCUCUCAGGCCUCUGCCCUGGUGUUCUCUAGAGAUCACCUGGGUUGAGUACCUCCUGUCUUGGGCCUUGUAUAGCUAGUUUGUUAGUUUGACACAGCUAGUUACCUGGGAAGAAGGAACUUCAAAUGAAGAAUUACCUCUCAUCAGAAUGGCCUGAGGGCAUGUCUGUGGGGCAUUUUCUUGAUUGCUAAUUGAUGUAGGAGGGCAGGGCCCAGCAGCAGCAUCCCUGGGCCAUGAUCCUAGGAUGUGUAAGAAAGCCUAGGAAUGAUCUAGAGAGGAAACCAGGAAGCAGUGUUCCUCCAUGGUCUCUGCCUGGGUUCCUGCUCCAGCUUCCAGCUUCCCUGAGUGAUGAACUGUGACCUAGAAGUGCACUGAAAUAAGCCAUUUCCUCCCCUAAGUUAUUUUUGGUUAAAGUUUUAUCAUGGCAUCAGAUACAAACUAGGUCAGGCUUCUGCUAACCAGUAGUUCCCCACAGUGGGUUCCUGUGGGCUCCCAGGGUGUCUGCCCUGGAACCCUCAGGGCUGGAGCUGAGAUCCUUCUGUCUCAGGACGGUUUAAACUUUAAUCUAUGGGCUUCCCCCAGUAAGUGGGAAGAUGGAGAGGACAGGUGCUGCCUACUCAAGCAUUUGUCAGCGUGAGUGAACCUUAGGAGGGAUGGUAAUCAGGACAUGGCACCUAGGCACUUUGAGAGAUGCUGGGGGUGGGGCAUGGCAGGUAUACAGGAUGGGGACAAUAUCAACAAACUGUCAGCUGAGCUGCCCCAUUCCUGGGAAUGGGGAGGGUGAGGCUUGAGCAGCAAAGCUCCCUAACUUUGCCUCUUUGAGGUUAAUGAAUACUGACCACUGAAUAAAAACAAGACAGGGUCAAGGUGGCUUAUAUUGCAUUGGGUAAAGGAGCUGUCCAGCUGUCCAGGCUUGGAAGCCUUGCUGGUGUGAGAAGGCCAGACGCUGACAAGCGUGAGCCUGGCAAGAGAACUAUAAUAGAAGUCCCCUCUGCUACAGGCCUCACUGAGUCUGCCUGGGCCUGUGUACAGGUUCCUGGAACCCUAUGCUAGAGAUCCCCGCGCUGGAUGAGUCCUAGAGAAAAAGACUCCCCACUGGGCACUCUCAAUGCUUGUAUACACUUUGUGGUUUAUUUGGUGGUCAGUAAUUAAUGUCUUUGCUACUAAGUGGAAUAAAGCUAAUAGAACGUAA